CUCUCGGUCAUAACGUUGGAUGAUGGAGAGAAGUGCGCCUGACCUGUACGCGUUCCUGAAUGUAAUAGACUACACGAGACCAACAUAAAUGAGAAUUUCGAUUAUGAUGUUUAUUAGUAUAACAGACGGUCUGCAGUUGGUUAGCGGCGAUUCGUAGCUACGAAAACCCUCAUCUACAUCACCACCGGGAAAUUCCAACAUCACUUUGCUUCAUCUGCCUGGCUGAAAGUGUAGGAGUUGGUGCUUUCAAAUAGGAUCAUAUUGAACCGUCCGUAUCAAACAGAACCCUGGUAUGGUACUGAUACCUAUUUUUAUGCUGUGCAUAGGAUAUGCUUUCUACUUAGCUACUAUUCACUAACGUUAGUCUGUUCAUCACUGAUUUUUGGGCUAACUAGGUAGCGUUAGCCUAGCUAGCGCGUUAGCCUAGCCAGCUAAGCGGUCAUACGAAUGUAAUGGGUCACACACACACACACACACACACACACACACAGCUGUUCUUUAGGAUGAUAGACCGAAAUUAUGGAUAAUAUCAUAGUCGAAUUGUUCUCCUCAUGGAGUGUAUAUUUUGGGGACAUUGUUUGCAUACACUGGAUACGCUUGGUGACGUUGUUGAUUCAAUGACGACAUGCACCACUAACUUACCGGUACUGGAACAUGUUUGUAGCUAACGUUACUGGCAACACGCUAGUCGAUGUUAUUGUUAGGUAACGUUAGUUAGCCAACAUUAGCUAGAGAAUUAGCAAGUUGUUGCCUAUGUAGAUUGCGGUGGCAAGCACAAGACAGCUCCUCUAUUCGGGAAGCUCCAAAAUUUCGUAAAUCAUGAAACAUUGCGAAUACCAGCAAAUCGACCCGCAGGCACUUUCAACGCCAACACCAACCCCGACCCUGCCGCUGCAACAGGCUGUUGUUCAGGAAGAGAAGAAGGGGGAAACCGCACGGAGAAAAUGGGAAGUUUUCCCCGGCAAGAAUCGCUUCUACUGUGAUGGACGGAUCAUAGUGGCUCAGCAAAGCGGUGUCCUACCACUCACCCUCGGCCUCAUUUUGGUCACCACUGUACUGUUCUUUGUUUUCGACUGUCCCUUCCUGUUGAAGCAUCUGACUGUGUUCAUCCCAGCAAUUGGAGGAGUGUUGUUUGUGUUUGUAGUCAUCUCCCUUCUGCAAACCAGCUUCACUGACCCUGGCAUCCUGCCCCGGGCCACACCGGACGAGGCCGCAGACAUUGAGAAGCAGAUCGAUAACUCUGGCUCUUCCACCUACCGACCCCCUCCCCGCACCAAGGAGGUGAUGAUCAACCAGCAGGUAGUGAAGCUCAAGUACUGUUUCACCUGCAAGAUGUUCCGGCCACCGCGCACCUCCCACUGCUCCCUCUGUGACAACUGUGUGGAGCGAUUCGACCACCAUUGUCCCUGGGUGGGGAACUGUGUUGGGAAGAGGAACUAUCGUUUCUUCUACACCUUCAUCGUCUCUCUGUCCUUCCUGACAGUCUUCAUCUUUGGCUGCGUCGCCACACAUCUAGCACUGAGGGCACAAGGAGGGAGAGGCCUGAUGUUUGCUCUUCAGGAGAGUCCAGCCAGUGCUGUGGAGCUGGUGAUUUGCUUCUUUUCAGUUUGGUCCAUCUUGGGCCUCUCAGGCUUCCAUACCUACCUGGUUGCUUCUAACCUGACAACAAAUGAAGAUAUCAAAGGCUCGUGGUCGGGGAAGAGUGGGGCGGAGGAUACCGGAAACCCCUACAGCUAUAACAACAUCAUUACUAACUGCUGCUCUGUACUCUGUGGACCCAUGCCUCCCAGUUUGAUUGACAGGCGAGGCUUCAUGCCAGUGGAGGAGUCGUCCCAGACAGUUGCCACUGAGAUAGAGCUGGCCGCUAAGAAGGAGAUAAACGUGGUAGGAGGGCCCACGCCGUCCCAGCUGCCCCCUUGUGCAUUACAGGUUCCCCCCUCCCCUAUACCGCUACCUGCAACCCCAAACCACCUUCAGCCUGACUUGCAGACCCCAGUUUAGUUGCCUUUUCCAACCGAACCCAACCCCCUUUGACUGUUGCCUGACUGUCUGUUGUGUAUGGGGUCACCCCCUCAUGACUUAGUCCCUCAUACCAGUGUACUGUAGUACUAUUGCUAAGGGUCCAGGAUCCUGUUGUGGUCAUUACAUAUGUUGUUGCCUGGUCCUGGUAGUCCAGUCUAUACCAGACUGUUUACAGUUGACAGUAAAAGACUGUCUGUGGCUGGAAAGAGAAAGUGAAGCUGGCUGCUAGGCCAUGUUUGACCUGGGUGUAGCUCAACCGUUAGUUACUUACGCCAUUCCAUGCCCUAAUGUUAUAAUCAGGCAACUCAGUGUUAUUUCUGUAUUUCAUUUCAGUGAAAAAGGGAACAGUGAACAGCCUACAUAUGAUUCAUCCACUUCCCAGCUGGGUUAAAUGUUUUGCCCUUGUUUUGCAGUUAAGGAGAAACGUAGGAGAUUUUAUUAAAAUGUUUGUUUACAAAGUGUGGCUGCCACUGGGUUUUUAGUUCAGUCUGAUAGCAGUGGCACUCUCCAACUCUUCAGACUAUGCCUUCCUUCUGUUUACAUUCAAGCAAUAGGGACAAGCUAACCUAACCUUGGUUUACUUUAACGAUACAAGGGCACUGUCAUGUCUGCUGGAAGUUUGCGGAUUCGAAUUUAUUUGCACAUAAGGAGUUAGACCAGAGAGAGAGCACAUUAUUGGUUCAGUAUUUAUACUUUUAGCAACCACAUGCUGGUAAUGGAAGCGGUUACUGCUGGGAAUUUACCGGUCGCAAAUACAUCUGUACCCAAGUGCUGUUUUCAUUUGUCUCAAUCUGGACACCCUCCCUCACUGAUAUUCAGUUGGUCUGCUGAAAAAGCAUGGAAGAGGUAUUUUAUUUAUGCAGAUGGAAUUAUCUGUGUUUACAGAGUGAAACCACUUAUUUGUCUUCCUCAGUGUUCGUGUUGUCUGUAUUUGUCUCUGACGUGACUGUGUGUGGUGUUCUGUGUGUCAUACCAUCAUGUAAUGGUCAUGGUAAAAGUGACAUAAAAGCUACCUGCAUUUACAUUUGAAAUGUUUUUAGUAAUUUAGCAGACACUCUUAUACAGAGCGACUUACAGGAGCGACUAGGUUUCAGUGCCUUGCUCAAUAUCACAUUGGCAGAUUUUUCACCUAGUCGGCUCGGCGAUUUGAACCAGUGACUCCGACGCUGGCCUAACACUAGGCUACCUGCCUGCCUCAAGCCAGUCAAAAUCAUCUCCCUCUGUUUUCUUAUGCUUUUUAAUAUAUUUUUUAUAUUACAAUCUUAUUAUUUGUCUUUUUGUUUAUUUUGGUCAUCUAAAUAUUUAUAAGUCAUUUUGGAAUAAAUUAUGUUCAUCUGAAAUGUACAGUAAUAAAUAUUGCAUUUUAACAAUGAAAUAAAUAUGUUUUAUUUCCAAAUGA